UCUCCUCCUCCUCCUUCUCCUCUUCCUCCUUCUCCUUCUCUUUCUUCUCCUUCUCCUUCUUCUCCUUCUUCUCCUCCUUCUCCUCCUUCUCCUCCUCUCGGUUGUCCGGUUCAGGUUUUCCACGCGGUCAGUCUUUGCAGCAGGUUGACUCCGGGUCAAGUUCACGAGCAAAGUGAGAACGUGCGAAAGUUUCUUCAUGGAGAACCAGUACCCAGAUGAAGCCAAGCGGGAGGAGAUUGCCAACGCCUGUAACUCUGUCAUUCAAAAACCAGAAGCUGCCAUUUUGGAAAGACAUGGAAUUGAGGUGCCAAGUCCAAGCUGCCACUCCAACGGCGAGGAAGGAGAGAUGCAAGAGUUCGCUGAUCAGGUGAAUCAUCGAUUCACAGAGCAAGGAGGUCAGAGGUCAGGGUCAUUUAAAGAACAGUGAACCCAGAGCGGGGGUUCAGUGUCUUGCUCAAAUCCUACUUCUGCAGGGUGGAUGUUUGCCAACGCAAGGGGGCUUGAACCCAAGUCCACUGCUUGAGAGACGGUCUUUUAAACCACUGGAGCUCUCUGACGUCCCUGAUGUUGGUAAUGCCAUGCCUCUGGCAACAAAUAAAAGCAGG